CUGUUGCUAUGGAAACAGGGCCGGUCCAGGUGGAGCCACUGGCUGGCGUCUAUCAGCCACAUGGGGGUAUGGAUGAGCGGCGCUGGGGAAAGUGGAGUCUACACGCUUCUUAAAGGAGGUUUCGUGGAAUCGAGCGGCCGAGCCGUGAUUCCUCUGCGGAAGACGGAUCAUCUGAAGGCGGCGUGUUUUUUCAGCUUCCGUGGGGAGCGGCAGCUCCAAGAAACACCACUCCUCAUUCAACUCGGCGUGGACUGGAGCCUCCCGGAGGAGGAAAUGCGGCUGUUUCUGGGCGUUCUUCUUAGGGGAUCACAGACUGACUGAAGCCCGUCUCUGCAGUCAAACAGCUGGGAAGUUGUUUUCACUGGAUGGAUGGAUGGAUGGAUGGAUGGAUGGGUCUGUCUCUGAGGAGCGGGGCGGGCAGCCGGAGGAGCAACACCCAGGAAAAUGAUGCAUCAUGGAGGAGCAACCGCUGAACUUUGAGCAACAAAUUCACCUCGGAGCUGCCGGCGGCAUGGGGAGCCGCGGAGACCAGGAGCUGUCGGAGCGACCCUGAGGAGCCACUCUCUUUGUUUUACUGGAUCUUCUUGCUGACUCUGUCAGUGAGGACCUGCCGGGGGACGGUGCAGCAGGCUCUGCUGUGAUGCUUCAUCUCCAUUCCUGUUCUGUCAGUGUCGGUGUCUCCAGCAAGAUUUUCGCAGUCUCAGAAUGGCUCGUUUUGAAGACGAUGCGUCCAGCCGCUUCAGAGGCAGCGGCCCCACGGGGCCAGCCAGAGGGGCCAACCGGCAGCCGGGGCCUCCGGGGGGCCAGAGGAUGUACAAACAGACCAUUUCUCAGAGAGCCAGGACCAUGGCUAUUUACAACCCCAUUCCAGUCAAACAGAACUGCCUCACCGUCAACCGCUCCCUGUUUAUCUUUAGCGAGGAUAAUAUCAUCCGGAAAUAUGCCAAAAAGAUCACAGAAUGGCCUCCAUUCGAAUACAUGAUCCUGGCCACCAUCAUAGCAAACUGCAUUGUUCUGGCCUUGGAGCAACACCUGCCAGCUUUGGACAAAACCCCGCUGUCAGAACGUUUGGAUGACACAGAGCCCUACUUUAUUGGAAUAUUUUGCUUUGAGGCAGGCAUCAAGAUCAUUGCCUUGGGUUUUGCUUUUCACAAAGGCUCCUACCUACGUAAUGGCUGGAAUGUAAUGGACUUUGUGGUGGUCCUAACAGGGAUCCUGGCCACUGUAGGGGCUGAUUUUGAUCUGAGAACACUGAGAGCAGUCAGAGUCCUGCGGCCUCUCAAACUCGUCUCUGGCAUUCCAAGCCUUCAAGUGGUGUUGAAGUCCAUUAUGAAAGCGAUGGUACCUCUGCUCCAGAUCGGAAUGCUGCUUUUCUUCGCCAUUCUCAUGUUUGCCAUCAUCGGCCUGGACUUCUACAUUGGCAAAUUUCAUCGAACAUGUUUCAAGAAUGGAACAAAAGAGCAGGUGGCAGAUUUCCCUUGUGGACCUGAACCUCCAGCAAGGACCUGUGGCAAAGGGAAUAUCUGUGAAGAGUACUGGCUUGGACCUAACUUUGGGAUCACAAACUUUGACAACAUCCUGUUUGCCAUUCUCACUGUUUUCCAGUGUAUCACCAUGGAAGGAUGGGUGGACAUCCUGUACAAUGCCAAUGAUGCCUCUGGGAACAUGUGGAACUGGCUCUACUUCAUCCCUCUCAUCAUUAUUGGGUCGUUCUUCAUGCUCAACCUGGUGCUGGGCGUGCUGUCAGG